GUUGCUUUCGUCCGCCACAGUAUCAUUUCAACCUGCGCCGGAGCCAUCCGCGAUAAUAAGUGCGCGUACUUGAGUGCGUACCACCGACCAGUUGUGCGCCAUCCCGUGCCGAACAAAAACAAUACGUUUCGUGUUUCCACGCUAUCAACAAUCGCGUCGAGACCACGCGCGACACUGCUCUCUGUACGCAAAUAAUUCGAUCGAGUGGGGCUGCUCUUUGGGUUGCGUUGUCAAGCUCACGCGCAGGCUACUAGAUACCGCACCUGCAGACAGACAUGAAAGUGCAAUCGGUAACCUUCCCGUGGUUCUUAUCCCGACAGUAGUGACAGUGAUUUAUUUGCUGAACGCACCAACGCACACAACACCGUACAACAAAUACCUCACGAAAAUACUGCUUAUAAAAAAACUCCAGUGGUGGUGAGGAGAAAGAUUGUCCAAGAAGCGAUUUCGGAACGGUUUAACGCAGAAGUUGGUGCACUAAUUGUUGCCGCAAAAUGGACUUUGUUAAAGACUUUUGUUACUACUUCGGCGUCAUAGCAUUUACCCUAUUUUACGUUGCGGUUGAUAGUAAAGCAUGUGACCCGGUGCCCUACGUGACGCGAGACUUUUGGAGUGCUCUGCCACCGAAACAGAUCGAACACUUCGCCGGUCCCAUCCCGUACGUCAUCAUACAUCAUUCGUACCGGCCGGCGGCAUGCUACAACGGGCUGCAGUGCAUCGCGGCAAUGCAAUCGAUGCAGAAGAUGCACCAGGACGUGCGUCAGUGGAACGACAUCGGGUACAGCUUUGCGGUCGGUGGCGACGGGCGCGUGUACCAGGGCCGGGGAUUCAAUGUGAUUGGGGCUCAUGCGCCCCGAUACAACAACCGCAGCGUUGGGAUCUGUCUGAUCGGUGAUUGGGUUGCGGAUUUGCCACCGAAGAACAUGCUCACGGCCGCCCAAAACCUCAUCGAGUAUGGUGUCCGGAAUGGGCUGAUUGCACAGAACUACACCUUGCUGGGGCAUCGGCAGGUACGCACGACGGAAUGUCCGGGUGAUCGGCUGUUCGAGGAGAUCAAAACCUGGCCCCAUUUCGAUCCGAUGACGGACAUUGUCGAUCAGAACAGUGUUUGACAGUGGCGAACGGAACCGGCCCCUACAUGCUACAAGUAUUGAAGAAACUCUUAAAUAGCUUAUUAACGUGCGCUACCUCUCCUUCGCAUACGGUAACCAUCAUGUUCCUAAAGUGUGUGUUUUUUUGUAAUAAAACCAUUCAAAAUAUA